UCUGGGCUCAAGUGAUCCUCCCGCCUUGGCCUCCCAAAGUGCUUAGAUUCCAGGUGUGAGCCACCACAGCCAGCCUGUCCUGUGUUCUUCAUGCACACUCCACAGCGGGAGCCACCUGUUGCCUGCUGACCUCCUACAUUGCACUUUGAAUGAGGUAGUUGCCCCUGACUUUGAUCUCUUCCUCCCAGGCCACCCCUCAGACACCCACAAAGCCCUCUUCUUCCCACACUGGACUGGCCAGAAAUGGGCCAGUUUGAGGGUGAAGAUUUGGGGUUUGGCGGCAGGCAGUUCAGCUGAUUGGAAGAUCACUGACGGAUUGGUGGCCCUGGCAAGUAACUAAGCUGUUGGGGGCUUAGUUUCCUCCUCCCAAAAGAAGAGACCAUGCCCCCUUUACAGGCCCCAGGCAGGCAAUGAAACAGGACAGAGGGUAGCAAAGGGUUUUGUCUUAAGGUUUGAAAACAGUCACAGACCACAGCCUCAUCUUUGAGGAUCCACCACUAGGUCUCCUGGGGCCUGGACAUGUGCCUGAAAUUGCCUGGUGAGAAUGAAGACCAAUAGAUGGAUGGUCUUGGGACAAUCUCUGCAGGGUGUCCUGGGGCAGCCAAGCUCUAUGGCCCCAAGGGCAAGCUGGACCGGUGUGGGAGAGCAGUCACUAGGGACAGAUCUCGGGGCUUGGUGUGACAAAGCAUAUCUCCCAGUGAGCUUUCUCAAGGUGGAAUGCAGUGGCCUAGGAGAGGAGUGAGCUCUCUGUAAUGGGAAGUAUGCAGGCAGGGGCCAAAUAAGCCCAAUCAGGAAGGCUUCAGAGAGCCCCCUUCUCUGGGGGGAUGGUGGGGAGACCUCUGGGUCGGAUGACCUUAAGGCCUCCCUAGCCUUGACUGUUUGGAACUCAGAGGCCUGUCAUUGACCCCUGGGUCCAGCUGGAUGUCUUAUCACUGCCAGGUGGGCUCAGGCCCUAGGAAGAGCUAGGGACGAUCAGAGCAGGAAUCAAGGCAGGGGCUGCCUUUCACGGGAGGGGAGGAGUUCCUUGAGGCUCUCCCUCCACACCCAAACCUUACCUGUACCAGUUGUGGACAAAACUGCCUACCUUCAGGCCUCAGGGUCUGCCUGGGAAAUGGGCAGGAUCAUAACCCACAAUAGCCACUUGGCAGGGUUGGUGGCCUGCCUUUCCUGAGGUGGGGACUGGGGGACCCAAGUAGUCUCAGAGGUGCUACUCCUGAACCCAUUACCUUCAUUCUGCUUGACAAAUCUCCACAUCAGCCAAAACAAAGAUUAAAAAAAAAAAAAAAAAAAGGAACCAGGCAGCACCAAAGACAGAGCCCCGGGACUCUUCUUUAUAGACUGGAUCCAAUCAUCCAACAUUUCCCAGUGCCUCUUGGGAGCCAAAGCCUGUACUCGUCUCUGAGGCCCCAGAGGCAAAGCAGACCUUGUCCCCAGUUCCUAGCACAGUUAGAGAAGGAAAGGAAGGGAGUCUGACACUGCGUCUUUGGCUGGUCUUCUCUGCCCUGAUCCCUGACCUCCAUUCUUUGUCCUUUCUUAGGCUACUCUUCCUGAGAAACAGGGUGUCAUGGUGGGUUUAUAGUGCACUUUGGGCAAGUUCCUAACCUCACUGGCCUCAGUUUUCCCGUAGGGAAAUGUCACCUCUCUUCCUGGGCACAAGGUGCAGAUCUACAGGCAGGACUCCUAGUUUCAUGUGACAGAAUCCGAGGUUAAAUGGAUUGAGGCAAAAAGGGAGUUUAUCAGCUCAUGACACCGAAGGUAAAACCUCAGGCACAGCUGAAACCAGGCACUCAAUGCUGUUCUCAGGAAACGAUGCAUCCCUGUCUAUCAUCUCUGCUAUUCCCUGGCUUUCUAUGUGGACAGUCUCUCCCUGGUGGCAGUAUCUCCAUCGCCCAGGACAGUGCCUGGAACUUAGUUCACUUGGCUCCAGCAGCUCCUGCCUCGCUCUCUACUAGCUUUGCAAAUGCUGUGGAAGACCUGUCUCCUUCCCGAUGCUCCGUUAAAAGCACCAGAAUUGACUCUGAGGCAUGCAAUGAAGAUCACUCCUCCACCCCAAGCCAGUUACAGGCCUGAGGGGCUCACUCUUCUCUCAUUGGCAGGCUUCAAUCACAGACCCAUCACUCCCAGAUCUCCAAGACUCUAGAUGGGAGAAGGGGGAUCCCCCAAAGGAAAAUCAGAGGGCAGGGUCGUCAUCAUAAGAGCGGAUCUGGGAACUGAGUGGGAAGAAGCUACAGAGGGGCUGAACAAUGACUGCUAGGCUAGCCAGGCGGCUGGACCUGGGCCAUCUGUUCCCCCACAGACUGAAGCCUGGUUAUCUGGGAGGAUGGGCAGAUCCUUAAGGCACUAACUGAGGCCAUCAGCCAACUGUGCUACUUGCAGCUAAGCAGCAGGUUCCUUCUUGAAGGGAGAACCACGUAGCCUCUGCCACAAGGAGACAAACAAAUGGGACGGCCUGGUGGUCCAAGCAAGGCACAGAGAGCCUCUCCAACUAUCUCCAGGGGAGAGUUUCUUAGGAGGCCCUGGGGAUCUCCUGGAGCACUGGGUGGAAGGUGCGGUGGCCCUAUAGGCGUGGACUUAUAAGGGCUGGACACCACAGGCCGUCCCUCUGCUCACUGGGGGCUGCCCUGUCACAGCUGCUCCCUGGGCCUCUGUGCUAUCCACAGUUCCUCAGUCUCAGGGCUGCCCUUGACCUCUCAGCCUUGUGCCCACUGGGGCCGCGUGGUCUCUAACCCUCUUCAUUCACAUUCCCAAGAAAGAACCUCUUGCUAACUUUGCGAUGCCUCAGUCACCUCAUUUGUAAAGUGGAAAUAGUAGUUCUGAAGAGUGAAUGAGACAAGGCACAUUAAGCAUUUUGCACAAUGCUUGGUUCAUCAUCAGUGCUCAAUGAAUACAUGUGUCCAGGUUGUGGUGGGGCUUCUGGGUGCACUCUUGGGCAGCUGGGGCCCCUCAUACAUAGUGGGGUCUUGGGAGAUGUAAGUUCCAUCUUUGCUAAGCUUGAAGAGGCUGGAGAGAAACCAAAGGAAGCAGCCCCAACCCCCAAAUUCCCCAAAGCUGCAGCUUCCUCUUCCUUUCACUGAAAAUGGCUGUUUCAGUUUUAGAUUUAAUUCCUGUUGAGCGGGAAGUGAGAAGGGGAAGUGGGAAAGGAGAAGAGAAAUCAGAGCCCCUGCCUUCCAUGUUCCCUUCUGCCAGGUUUGUCAUUCUGUAGCCAGCCAGAUGCCACAGGUAGGACCAGAACUUCUCCAGGUGAGAGGACUAUGCUUCCCGCCGUCUGUCUUCUGGGUGCCCGGGAGGCACUUGCAUUAGGAACCUGGCCUCAAGCUGGCCUCAGGUGGGCUCCAGGGCAACCCUGCCUCAGGCUAGAGGCAGUUCCAGAGUCAGGAUUGGGUUGAUGACUGGGGCACAGAGGGUAUAGUGACUCUGUAUGGUAGGUAGGCACCAUAAGUAGCCCUGUUUACCCAGACUCAGAGAGGGUAGGUGGCUUACCCUAGGUCACACAGCAAUUUGGUGGUCAAUCCCAGCCUGUCUGACUCCUUAGGGGAAGGAAGCUAACUCUUGACCCUUGGCAUCCUGUGCCCUUGCUGCUAACUCACUGGUCAGGGGCCCAGCAAGGGGGUUUCCAGGCCUUUAUUUCCCAGCAGGCAGGCAGGCCAAGGUUAGGAAGCCUCUUCCACAUCCAGCUUGGUCUGAGCUGGUUCCUGCCUCAGCUGGCUGGCAGACAGUGACUCAGGCUUCCAGCUCCUGCCUUUGGCCAACAGAUCCCCUCAUCCCUGCUAGAUAUGAAGGCCUCAGGGGAUGGGGGAGGCUCUGGGGUCACGUAAAGUUUAUCCUGAGACCAUAGGAUCUAAGCAGCCUGAAGGGCUGGGCCCCUUGUCAUUUCUUCCUAUGUCCAUACUGAAUUGCUCCUGCUCUAGAACUGACACCAUGGUUGUUACCUCAACUGAAAAAAGGAAACUGGAAGAGGCCGUCCCUGCUGUGAGCCCAUGUCCAUCACUCCUUAUGCGCCCUGCACCUGCUGUGUGGAAGAAGCAGUCGCUGUGAAAUGGGGGAACAUAGGAGGAUCUGGUGACACAUAAUAACAAGACCUCUGCCAGAAGAACCACGGCUUUGAAAGGUGGAGUUCAGGCUGAGGAGAUGGGUGCGGUCCUCAGUGAGCCCCUGCCUCCCUGAACAUAGGAAACUCACCUGAGCAGCCAUGGAGUGGGACAAUGGCACAGGACAGGCUCUGGGCUUGCCACCCACCACCUGUGUCUACCGCGAGAACUUCAAGCGACUGCUGCUGCCACCUGUGUAUUCGGCGGUGCUGGCGGCUGGCCUGCCGCUGAACGUCUGUGUCAUUACCCAGAUCUGCACGUCCCGCAGGGCCCUGACUCGCACGGCUGUGUAUACCCUAAACCUCGCCCUGGCCGACCUACUGUAUGCCUGCUCCCUGCCCCUGCUCAUCUACAACUAUGCCCAAGGUGACCACUGGCCCUUUGGCGACUUCGCCUGCCGCCUGGUCCGCUUCCUCUUCUAUGCCAAUCUGCAUGGCAGCAUCCUCUUCCUCACCUGCAUCAGCUUCCAGCGCUACCUGGGCAUCUGCCACCCGCUGGCCCCCUGGCACAAACGUGGGGGCCGCCGGGCCGCCUGGCUAGUGUGUGUAGCCGUGUGGCUGGCUGUGACAACCCAGUCCCUGCCCACAGCCGUCUUUGCUGCCACAGGCAUCCAGCGUAACCGCACCGUCUGCUAUGACCUCAGCCCGCCUGCCCUGGCCACCCGCUAUAUGCCCUAUGGUAUGGCUCUCACUGUCAUCGGCUUCCUGCUGCCCUUUGCUGCCCUGCUGGCCUGCUACUGUCUCCUGGCCCGCCGCUUGUGCCGCCAGGAUGGCCCAGCAGAGCCUGUGGCCCAGGAGCGGCGUGGCAAGGCAGCCCGCAUGGCGGUGGUGGUGGCCGCUGCCUUUGCCAUCAGCUUCCUGCCUUUCCACAUCACCAAGACAGCCUACCUGGCAGUGCGCUCAACGCCAGGCGUCCCCUGCUCUGUGUUGGAGGCCUUUGCGGCGGCCUAUAAAGGCACACGGCCGUUCGCCAGCGCCAACAGCGUGCUGGACCCCAUCCUCUUCUACUUCACCCAGAAGAAGUUCCGCCGACGACCACAUGAGCUCCUACAGAAACUCACAGCCAAAUGGCAGAGGCAGGGUCGCUAAGUCCUCCAGGGCCUGGGCAGCCUUCAUGUUUGCCAUUGUGUCCAGGGCACCAGGAGCCCCACCAACCCCAAACCAUGCAGAGAAUUAGAGCUCAGCUCAGCUGGGCAUGGAGUAAGAUCCCUCACAGGACCCAGAAGCUCACCAAAAACUAUUUCUUCAGCCCCUUCUCUGGCCCAGGCCCUGUGGGCAUGGAGAUGGACAGACCUGGGCCUGGCACUUGAGAGGUCCUAGUCAGCCAUAGAGAGCUGGGGAAACCACAUUAAGGUGCUCACAAAAAUACAGUGUGACGUGUACUAUCA